AUGGCUUCUCGCGACACGUCCGAUCCUUGGAAUGUCCCAACUAGAACGCCUGACAUCCUCUCCGAAGAUAGCACUCCUGACCAUGACGAUGAAGAAUUCACGUAUCCCACCGGCGACUAUUCUACCCAUAUGGAAGAACUCUUUGAAGAGGAUGGAGUAGCUGUCACGAAUGGGCAGGAUUCUGAAGAGGAGGAUGAUGAAGGCUUUCUCUACAAUGGUGUUGAUGCAGAUGCAUCAGUUGGCUAUCGAGAGCAGCUACGUGACGUCCUUGGCCAAGAUCAUGGAGACGAAUCCGAGUCCGACGUGCUAGAAGUCGAGAGGUCUUUGGUAUACCAGAACUCGCACGAAACAUCGGGCGUAGAAGAUGAAGUAUCUCAUUCUCUGGACGAGGAACUACUGGAGCACUCACCUGCUGCCUCUUCGACAUCUCCCAGGACGCCGGAAUCGCGUGUCUCAUCUCCUGACUCCAAAACUUCCCAGUUCAAGAUACCCCGACCAUUUCUCCACCCUACAGUAUCCCGGCUUCGCUCUUAUACCCCACAAUCAUCACGAGGGCCGUCUAAUGGAAGUUCAGUGACUUCUCACUCACAUUUCUUCGAUGGAGCGUCACCUUCACCUUCUAAUUUCUCUUCGCUAUCGCGAAUGUCUUCCUUGUCCAACCUGCGUGCCGCGUCUUCGAGCCAACCUGACGCGUCACAGAGUGGACAAACGGACAUUCCUACAGAGGUAUUCCGCUGGGCCGAUUUACACGGAAUUACGCAGACCAUGUAUUCCAAAGCUUCUCAAAAGGCGUCUGCGCUACUCGGUGCACCCGUUCUCGGCGCACCGACUGUCUUGGCUGCAAAUGGCCUGAUAUGUAUCGGCACUACCGAGGGGAGGGUGGUAGUUCAUGAUUUCAAUCAAACACUUCUCUGUGUCUGCGAUAGCAAGAUGCCAGGAUCUGCAGUCGGAGCCGUCACGGCACUUUCAUUGUCCCAUGACCACACCUUCGUGGCUUCGGGCCACUCGACAGGGUACAUCCAACUAUACAAUCUCAAGCACCCCCAUACGCCAAUACGCACAGUUGCGCCCACCACAUUGGCUACAGUGUCAUCAGGGAGAAAAGAAGGUCACUUGCAGGGCUCUCGAAUCGUAAGCAUUGGUUUUGUUGCAGGCCGUCACACCGCCCUUGUAUCGGCUGAUGACCAUGGACUCGCGUUCUUCCACUCCCUCGGCAAAGUGCUUUUUGUGGAAGCCUCCGACAUACUUCGCAUCCUUGGUCGAUAUCCUGAGCCUGCCUAUCCGGCUGCACCUCUGAAGACACCCUUGGUGUCUUCAUCGGUUCCUGCCUUUUCUCCAGCGACAGACGUUCCCCAGCCUCGACGGCCACGAUACACGGUGCUGUCGAUGGCUCCUCUUCCCUUAGGGACAGCCCCGCAUCCAACAGACAACUACCACGUGGUCGCCCUCUUGACCCCCACAAAACUUGUUGCUAUUGGUUUGAAACCGACACCAAGAACAUGGUUCAAGUGCCCCCGUGAAGGCAACGAAGGUGGCCAGUGGAAACCUCGUUCGAAAUGGCUCGGCUCUCUAGCCUGGUUUCCGAGCUUUCCACGAUCUUCUGCGACAACGAAGGACAGUCAGCCCGGCAAGAAUGAUCCUCGCAUCCUCUAUGAGAAUUUAUCCACCCCAGUCCUCGCGUUCUCUUGGGGUAGUUCUCUACACUUGAUCAAAGUUGUCGAAUCUCGCAGUAGGCAGGCUAUAAAGAACUCCAAGACAGGCAAGACAAGUGACAUCGAUGUUGGAGCCAUCACCUAUGAAAAGUCUGGAAAAUGGGUUGCUGACGACGACAUUCUGGCAAUGCAAUGGUUGAACCACAAUCAAAUCAUCGUUAUGACGCGUGGCACACUUGGAGUAUUUGAUUUAAGACUGUCGAAGCUUGUCGAACAGAUUAAACAUAACGGGCUAUCUCUGGCAUCUCCUAUUUCUCCGGCCGCAGGGUCAGGAGUUCCCGAUGUUGAAAGCGAUCUAGUUGCUCACAGUGUUCGUGUCUAUAAGAGCAAACUCUUUUUGCUGAAACGGCAACGACUGGUAGUUGGGACCCUCCUUACAUGGGCAGAUCGGAUCCUCUCUCUCGUUGAAGAAGGCGACUUCCUCCAGGCCAUCGAUCUCACUCGUUCUUAUUAUGUUGAUGAAGCUCUGGGCAAUCGGAACAACCUACCCGAUGACCUUGCAGAGAGAAAGGAGGUCAUUGGAGAAAAAAUGCGGCGACUCAUGGAUGCUUCAACUCAUUACGCGUUUUCUGAGGAGAGAAUGGCAGAUGCAACACACGUCACUCCAGACAAUAGGGGCGUAGAUCGCACGUCUCUAUUUGAAGGCCUCGUUUCUGUGUGUGCGCGAGCAUCCGUUGCGCUGGAUGACUUCGAAUUUUUCUUCGAAGACCUCUUCCAACGUUAUGAAGAUGCUGGGAUCACCUCAAUUUACCUCCGUCAGCUAGAGCCCUUCGUUCUGGAUAACGAAAUCCGCUAUGUACCACCACGCAUUACUCAAAGACUCGUUGCAUUGCACGAGCAGGAUGGACGACCAGAGCUCGCAGAGCGUAUUAUUUGGCACAUGGAUCCCGCCUGUCUCGACCUUAAUCAGGCUAUACAACUCUGCCAACAAUAUCAUCUGUACGACGCCCUUAUCUACAUCUAUACUCGUGCCAUGCGCGACUACGUCGCACCUGUCGUGGAACUCCUCAGCCUCAUUCGCAAGGUUCAACACUUCCGAAAAUCACGGGUAGAGUUUUUAAACAAGACGGGCUCGGUCAUGUAUGCGGACGCGACCAUGGAAUCUAUCAUCGUCAACGCCUACAAGGUCUACCCAUAUCUCGCCAAUGUCCUCUCAGGUCUCACUUAUCCUAGCGAGGAACCCCUCGAUCUAGAAGAAGCUCUUCAAGCCAAGAAAGACAUUUACACUUUCCUCUUCUUUGGCCGUUCCAGUGUAUGGCCUCCAGGAGAAGGUGGCAAACUUAUUCUGACAUCGGAUGAAGAUGGUGGUGUGGAGCCAACAUAUCCAUACGCUCGUCAGCUCCUCCUAUUCGACUCUGAAUCUUUCCUGCACACCCUGGACAUUGCUUUUGAAGAUGCUUAUCUCAAUGACGAAUCUCAAUCAAUCAAUCGCUUGAUCAUUGUGCGAAUCGUCCUUGAAAUCAUGGCCUCAGGACAAUUGCCACAAGAAGACGCGACAAUGGUCAACAUAUUCGUUGCACGCAAUGUUCCCAAGUAUCCCCAAUUCCUCCAGAUCGCUCCCAGCAGUCUCCAUACCAUCCUCAUUGGACUCGCCGAAGAUAUUGAUCCGCGAACUCGUGAAGACCGACAAUUGGCUGCGGAAUACCUUCUCUCUGUAUACAAUCCCCAUGACAGCGAGCGAGUCCUUGAACUAUUCGAACAUGCUGGCUUCUACAGAAUCUUACGUUCCUGGCAUUAUCAUGAGCGACGAUGGGCCAAACUGCUUUCUACGUACAUCGUCGAUCCCGAUAUAACAUCCUUGGACAUCCUGAACAAAGUCGACGAAGUUCUUACUGCUGCUUUACGCUCGAACAGGGGUACUAUUCCUUCUGACCUGGCUCAUGUCGUUUUACGCUCUCUCCCCCGACUCUUGCGAGCGGAUGUGGCAGCUACCGCCUUGUUGAUCGACAAAACCCUUCCGACCAUGCACGAAGAAGCAUUGGAAGCCCUCGGAAGCGGCGACGAAGCUGACAAGGCCCGCUACGAAUAUCUCCACGUUCUUCUAGGACUCCAGUCAACGGAUGAAGACGAUAACGAUGCUGUUGGGACUCCUAGUCCGUCAGAGAAAGUGUCUCCACAACUGCGCCAGCUCUUCUUUUCACUUCUCUGCAAGUUCCAUCCCGAUGGUGUGAUCCCGACACUGCUUUAUCUUCCUCAGCAGACAUUUGUAUUGCAGAGUAUUGCGGAUACUUGCGAAGCCUACGAGGUUUACGAUGCCGUGAUAUGGGCAACUAACUGGCAAGGGGACCCUCAGAAUGCUCUGGAGAAAGCGGAUGCUUUCCAGAAAGAGAUCACGCGCAGGAUAGUCCCCUUCUUUGAGAGCGCGGACAAGCAGCCAGUGGACCUUGAUCAAGAGCUCCGGACGUUGGAAGCUAUGGCCCGCAUCAGCCGUGGUAUUUGCUUAGAACGUUCUCAGGGGUCAGCCAUGGACAUUCCACUGGAAGACAUGUGGUUCAAGUUGCUGAAUAGUCAAAUCCAUACUGUCCAAAGCGUAUCUGCCUUGGUGGCACAGGAGAAAGCGACUGACGCCGCUGGGCAGGUUUCCAGGAUCCUGGAGUCAUUGCGUUCUCUCGUCCAGGCAACUUUUGGCGCCCUUGUCUCAAUCACAUCUACGAGGACCAUUUCAUUCCCUCGACUCUUCAAACGCUUGGUCAAUUCAGCCCCCGCCACCGCUUCUCAAUACACGGAAUUUAGGACGAUACUGACUGGAAUGCUCGAGUCUUAUCAUUCCGACGAAGACCUCCUCAGCAUCCUGAAGCACCUUGUGGAGAGAGAUUUAUUUGAUGCGGUUCAGCAAGUCACAAGGGAAAGGUCCUGUGGCUGGGUAGCUUCGCAAGGAAGAUUGUAA